AUGGGAGAGGAGCAACAGCCACAUGAAACUAUGAAGCCACUUGUUGUGCCACUUCAACCAGUUGAGGAGGCUCCUAUUAGAUGUUCUCAAAGAGCAAGGAGGCCUACAUUGUUAGGUGAUUAUGUUGUUUAUAUGGGAGAGGCUGAUUGUGAUAUUAGGAAUGCUAUGGAUCUAGUCUCUUGUAAUCAAGCCAUGUCUUGUCCUCAAUCUUUUGAAUGGCUUGAUGCUAUGAAAGAUGAAAUCCAAUCGAUGUUUCACAAUGAUGUGCGGGAGCUUAUGGAACUUUUUUAUGGUUUUAAACCCAUUGAUUCCUUUCAAAAGAAGUUUAUAUGGAGCAGCCUGAAGGUUUCAAAGAGAGUGAUAAGGAACAUUAGAUUUGUCAAGAACAAGAUUGAUCAGUGCAUAUACCUCAAGGUCAAUGAGAGCAAAUUUAUUUUUUUUCUUUAUGUGGAUGAUAUUUUGCUUGCUAGUAGUGAUAUAAAUGUGCUUCAUGAGACUAAAUCUGUACUUUCUAAGGCCUUUGAUAUGAAAGAUCUUGGAAAAGUAUCCUUUGUGUUGGGUAUUAAGAUUCACGGAGACAGACCUAGAGGUGUUUUGGAACUUUCUCAAAAAGCUUAUAUUGAACGUGUUCUAGCCAAAUUUAAUAUGCAGGGUAGUAAGCCUGGAGAUGUGCCUAUUAUAAAAGGUGAAGUGCUUAGUAAGAAAAGUUAUCCUAAAAAUGAGAUUAAGAGAAAAUCAAUGAAAAAUAUUCCUAAUGCCAGUGCAAUUGGGAGCUUGAUGUAUGCUCAAGUUUAUACUAGACUAGAUAUUGCCUUUGCUAUUAUGGAGGCAGAGUUUAUGGCUUAUCAUAAAGUAGCUGCAGGCAUUGUGAUAAAAAAUUUUAUUUCUGGAUUAUUGGUUGUUGAUUCCAUCUCUAGGCCAAUGUUAAUCUAUUGUGAUAAUAGUGCUAUAGUGUUCUUUCCAAAAAAUAAUAAAAAUUAUAGUGGCUCCAAACGUAUAGAGAUUAAAUAUCUUGCAGUCAAAGAUAUGGUUAAAAGAGGUGAUAUUGUUGUGGAGCAUCUUGAGAUUGAAGCGAUGAUAGCUGAUCCAUUAACCAAGGGUGUCUGA